GACUAAUCUGCGGUUAAAAAUUGAAAGUUGUCGAGUAAAAUUAUCAAACAGUCACUGCUCGCGUGACCUUCAUGUCCAUUCCUUCAUUAAUAUUCAUUUUGAAAUUUUUCAUUUCAAAUAAUUUGUGUUUUACCACGAUUUAUCUCAUCGUUCCCACUAGCGCGGUUUAAUUUUAAUUGCUUAGAAAUCUGCUCGAGCUAUUUGUUUUUCUGAAGAAUUUUUCCUUUGUGAAAAGUUCAUUAUUACCUAAUUUUUCAUAUCAAAAUAUAACUAAAGUGUAGUGGGCGUUUGACAAAAUCAUUAUAUGUACAUUACCUAGAUUGACGAAGUACUUAUUCUUUUAAAAAAACAUGGAAAGCAAUAUCGAUGAUAAAUUUGAAACAGUCAUUUCUGGUAUUUCGGGUAGAUUUCCAAACUGUGAGAGUGUUCCAGAAUUCCAGACUCAACUGUAUGCUGGGAAAUCAUUUAUGUCUUUGCAGCCCGACAGAUGGCCAGUGAAUUACAGAUACCAGUAUACGGAUACAGUACUUCCAUCUGCCACUGGAAAAUUCAGAUAUGUCAAAGAAUUCGAUCCAGUUGUUUUCAAAGUAAAUAAUGCUGUAGCCGAAUGCACUGAUAUAAUAAAUCGUAAAAUUUUAGAACCAAGUUUUGAAGCUAUUAUGGAUGCUGGUAUAAAUCCAUACGAUUUAGAUGGCAGACAUAUCGCAGUUUAUAUGGCAUAUGAUCACAGCGAAGGUGAUGCAAAUGCAGUUACUGUUGUAGGAGGAGGUCGACUUUGGGUGCUAGGUUCAAGUAAAACGAUGAUGUCUAAUAGAGUUUCAUUCGCAUUGAAUUUGACUGGACCAAGUUUCACCUUCUGUAACGACCUUUUUGGUGAUCUAACCGCUCUUCAUGAAGCCUACAAAAAUGUCUCCGAAGGUUAUGUAGAAGCGGCCAUUGUUGGAGUGACUGCAGCUGUGCAGCAUCCCCUGUUUGGUGUAAUUUUAUCCCAGAUGAAUGUGCUAAAUAUAGAUGCUAUAACUCGAGUAUUCGAUAAAAAUGCUAAUGGUUAUGGAAGAAGUGAUUCCUUGGUUGUUUUGUUCAUACAAAGAGCCAGUGACGCUAAACGAAUCUACGCUUCGAUUGAUUUCACUGGGUAUACGUACUUCGGUUCGAACCCUAGUUCAUUGUUGAAUUUCGACGAAGAGUUACUGAAAAGCUCCAUGACUCACUUGUACAAAGAGAACGAUUACGACCAUAUCAAAGAUCUGUCUUUUAUAGAAAUGAGCGCUUGCGGUCUUAAAAACUACGACAAAACCGAAUCUAAUUUCAUUGCUGAUACCAUAGGCAAAAAUAGAAACACACCUUUGUUAGUUGGCUCAGUGAAGAGUAACAUCGGUAAUGCUGAUGCUGCAGCGCCUUACGUCAGUUUAAUCAAAGCAUUAUUCGCUUUAGAAUCUGGCAUUAUUGUUCCAAACCAAAAUAUUGAAGAAAUAAACGAUGAGAUCAGAGCAUUUAAUGAAAAUAAAUUGAAAGUAGUGACAAAACCUACUAUUCUGUCGAGCAAUAAAGUAAUGGUAAAUUCAGUUGGAAUUGGUGGUGCUCUCAGUCAAGUUAUAUUGAGACAAAAUCCAAAGAAAAGGACAUUUUCAUCAGUUACUACUGGAGUCCUUCCAAGACUAGUUCUGGCUUGUGGCCGAACCGAAGAUGGAAUUUUGAAUAAUCUCAAAAAAUUUGAAACGAUGCUUUUCAACGCUGAAUAUAUUUCUUUGGUGAACGAUGCUUUUGGUACGGAUAUGCCAUAUCAUGUGUUUCGAGGAUAUACUAUUGUUUCACCCGAAACCAGUUAUGAAAGAAAAAGUUCGUCCGAUACUAAAGGAAACAAAAAUCGUCCUAUUUGGUUUCUAUUCUCUGGAAUGGGCUCACAAUGGAACACUAUGGGUAAAGGGCUUCUAGACUUACCCAUUAUUGCAGAAGUGGUAGAAAAAUGCCAUAGAGUUUUGCAACCUCGAGGAGUUGAUUUAUACCAUAUUUUGACCACUGAAGAUCCAACCGUAUUUGACAAUAUAAUGCAUUCUUUUGUUGGAAUCAUCACAAUCCAAAUAGCUCUUGUCGAAGUUCUGAAAGCAUUAGGCAUCGAACCAGAUGGUAUUAUUGGACAUUCUGUGGGUGAAAAUGCCUGUGCUUAUGCAGACGGAUGCUUGACUUUGGAACAGGCUGUAUUGUCGUCGUAUGCUCGAGGAAUGGCGUCCAUAGAAACAAAAACAAUACGAGGAAUGAUGGCUGCAGUUGGGAAAGGAUACAAUCAAAUAAAAAAUGACCUACCUGAAAGCAUCGAAGUAGCUUGUCAUAAUUCAGCCACAAGUUGUACAUUAAGUGGCCCCACCGAUGACGUUGAGAAAUACGUGAAGCAACUCCAAGACCAGAAAAUUUUCGCCAAAGCUGUCAACGUCGCCAAUAUAGCUUAUCAUUCCAAACAUAUUGCUCCUGCUGCGCCUAAUCUUUUAUCUCGUUUACAAGAGGUAAUUCCUGAACCAGUGAAACGUUCCUCAAAGUGGAUAAGUACUUCGGUUCCAGAGGCAGAUUGGGAUAAGCCUUCGGCUCAGUAUUGUUCAGCGGAAUACCUAACUAAUAAUUUACUGAGCAGCGUUUUGUUUGAAGAAGGCAGUAAACAUAUACCUUCUGAAGCUUUGGUUAUCGAAAUAGCCCCACAUGGAUUACUGCAGGCAAUUAUGAAACGAUCUUUACCAGAAACAUGCACUAAUGUUCCUCUAACCAGGAGAAAUAAUGAAGGAGAAAAUCUGGGAAAUCUUUUAAAUGCUAUUGGAAAAAUGUAUAUUGCAGGAUGUGAUCUGAAUGUAAAUGCUUUAUAUCCUCCUGUUGAGUAUCCUGUUUCUAGGGAAACUCCUUCAGUAGCUCCGUUGGCUAAUUGGCAACAGUCUGCACCCGAUGCUGGAGUAUACUAUUUUGAUCUGGUUGGAAGUCACAGUGGAGAUCCUAUAAUAGUUCGGGUUAACGACGAUUCGCCCUAUUAUUAUUUAAAGGACCAUCAAAUCAAUAAUAACAUCAUGUUACCUGCAUCUUUCUAUUUGUACCUUACCUGGUGGGCGUUCUGUAUCAUUAAAAAUAUUACCUUUGGUUCAUUUCCGAUUGUUUUCGAGGAUGUAGAAGUGUUCAAAAAUUUGACCAUAUCAUCGAGGAAGCCUCGAAAGUUCGCCGUUUUUAUUCAAAAAGGAAGUGGAAAAUUUGAAAUUUUGAAAUACAAUGAGUCAAACUCGAAUAAAACGACAAAAAUAAUGACUGGAGUACUUCAUCAAGCUUAUCCCACUUCAAAAAAUAUUGUAGAUGAUCAAAAUCUUCACGAUUUCAAGCACACCAUUGCAGAUGAAGAAUUCUAUAACGUUUUCAAAAAUGUUGGAUAUGAAUUGAAAGAUUCAUUCCGUAGCUUAGAGGUAUUGAAGUACAAGGAUAAUGAUUAUUAUGCGAAGAUAAAGUGGCAAAAGAAUUGGGUAACGUUUUUAGAUGCGUUGCUAAAAUUUGACAUGUUUUCUGAAAUUAAAAAUGAAACCGACCUGUUGUAUACCCAAAAGAUUAGAAGACUGGAGAUUUCUGCUGAAGAAAUUUCAUCAAUAGAAGAAGGGUCGACGUUGUUAUGUCAUAAACAACGCAGUACAAGUAUACUAACUUGCCCUGGUCUGGUAAUGCAUUCGGUAAAACACCAAAAGUUCGAGCAAAAAAAGCUGAACGCAGACAUACAAUUAGAAAAAUUACGAUUCGUUCCCCAUAAGAAUCCAAGAUGUCAGAGUGCUGAAGAAUUGUGUAAAUUAUGUUUGGAAAUAGCUGCUGAUAAUUUUAGCGCUGUGCCCCAAAAACGAAAGACAAAGUUGAACAUCAUAAUGGAAAAUAAUUCAGAAUGUGCUAUGUUAUUAAAACAUACUAUGAGAAACAGUGAUACGUUGAAGACCAAGAUACUUUUCUAUGAACAGAAGCAAACGUCAUUAAAUAAAUUCACCUCAAGGGAUGAAUACUUUAUGCUAGUCACUAAUCAGCUGUGCGAUGUUGGAAAAUAUUCAGCUGAUGCUUUCUUUGUUAUUACUUCAAAUUUUGAAGACAAAGCCUUGCCGCCAAUAACUGAUGAUUGUUUUGAACAAGUCGUGCGACAGAAAUUUGAUGAUAAAACAUUUUAUCUAUUUAAAAAGAAAUCUUUAUUGGAUGAUAAACGCAUUCAAAUUACAAAUGGAGAUAGGCCAACUGAAUAUUUUCCAGAAAGCAGUAAAUCAGAGCUCUUGUUCGUUGUCAAACAGAAUAUGGAUUCGGCUGAUUUAUCGAUUAUGCUUGAAGAUCACAAAAAACCGACGGAUCCGAGGUAUUUCUUUGUUAUGGAUAAAGAUACGCCAAGUGAUUCAGUUCUAAAAAGUGAACUCACUCGAGAUUCUUCGAUAUCAGUCCUUCAAAAUGGAGAAUGGGGUUCGUAUCGAAGUAUCUCAGAAAAUCAAUCAAAACUAGAAGAAAGUUCGAAAAAUAUUGCUGACAUUCCUGGAGAUAUUCAGAUGGAAUCGGUGUAUUUGCAAUAUCUCGGCUGUGAUAGAGAAAUCGAACAAUCUGAAGAUGAUAAAAUUCGGAAUUAUGGAAUUGAAUACUCCGGCGUUCAAGAUACUGGAGAAAGAGUAAUGGGUUUGGCUGUAGUCAAUUCUGAUGAUCCUAUAUCCAAACCGGAUUCUAUUCUGAAAUGGACACUACCGGAUGAUUGGAGCCUGGAAGAUGGUGCCACUGUCCCUUUUAUUUAUACACAAGCUUAUUACAUUCUGGAUGCGCCAGUUAUUCGAGGCAAACAAUACCUGAGUUCGGUUUUGAUCAACGUGAGCGACGAAGGACCUUUUUGUGAAGCUUGCAUCUCAAUUUCUCUAAGUAGGAAACACACAGUCUACGUCAGUGUGUCCAGCGACGAAGAAGUUGAUUUAAUAAAGAAAAAAUUCCCGCAACUUGACGAAAAACGAAUAUUCAAUUUGGAAAAGUGCUCAUUUCAAGCUGAACUAUUGAAAAUGACUAAAGGUAUCGGAGUAAGCCUUGUUGUGAAUUGUUUGCCCGGAAUUGAAAGUAUCCAAGAGUCCUUGAAAUGCCUCAAUGAUCUCGGUUAUUUUGUCCAAAUUGGUAAAACAAAUGGCUGGGAAUCACAACGGCUAGAAUUAUACCCAUUUUUGAAAGCUCUUUCGUUUAUCAUGAUUCCGAAUGAAAUAUUGAAACUACUGGCCAGACUAUCGGAAAAUGAAAAACAAAACUUGAAAGCCUUAGUGGAAGAUGGAAUAAAAAAUGGCGUCGUAGUUCCAUUCCAAAGUAAUGUUCAAAUUCAAGGAAUGCCUGAAAAUAAUCAUUUUUCAAAAAAAAAUCACAUUAAAAAUAUUUUCAAGUGGUUACCAAACAACGAAUUGUGUCGCAACAUGAAUCAAAACAUACGCUUCGAUAGUAAUCAUUCUUAUAUUAUCGUUGGAGGAGAAAAAAAGAACCAUGCUUGGUUCGAAUUAAUGGAAUGGCUGAUGAGCAAAGGUGCUCGAAAAUUCAUCGCCACUGUUGAUAACUUUUUCGUAGGACCUAGUAUAUCAUAUAAAAUCAAUAGAUUGUUAAUUCAAAAAAAAGCUACAAUUAUACUGAAUUCAUCUCAAAAAACUGAAUCCCUUCAAGAUGCCGAAACACUGGUCCAAGAUGCUAAUAAAAUAGCUCCUUUGGAAGCUGUAUUCUUCGCAUCAGUGGCAUCAAUUGGCAGAAAAGCCCAUAAUAUGGACUUGGCAACUCGAAAACUCAACCCAAAUAUUCAUCUCGUGAGUAUAUUCUCUGGCGGUCUCAAAGAAUGUGAAUCGAGACGAUUUGCAGGAUCACCCGCAGUUGUAUUUCAUGGUAACAGAUCAACCCAUAAAUUAUCUACUGUUUUACCUAUAAUCGACGAUGUUCUGUCGCAAUUCGACAAUAGCAAUUCACCUACUCUUUACCGUUUCAAAUAUACAGAAAACAAAACUGCUGAUUCAGCGUUGAGGAAUUAUUUACCUCACGAUAUUAGUAUUUUGGAGGAAAUCGCCGAUGAUUUAUCGGAUAAAUUGGAAUUCGUCGAAGUUACCACAAAAACUCCUCGAUAUUCUAGUCUAAAAGACUGCUUCCCAAUUUUUAUUAUUUCCACCCUCGGCCCUAAACCAUUGAAAAGUUUGCUGUCAAACCUUAUGAGCCCAGCUUUUUGCUCUAGCAUUGGAACGAGUAAAUUUUCCAUUAAAGAAUCAGCUUCAAAGUUAUACGAAUCUCUGUGUAGUAUCCAAAGUAAAGCAGGAGUUACUCUCUUAUCUGAAACGUGGGCUACUCCGAUAGCUUUCGAAUUGAUAAAACUACUGGAUGAGGAUAAAAGAAAGUAUCGACUAUUUACCUUGGAAGGUAAUCCGCUCACUUGGAAGGAUCGUAUUAUAAGCCUUGGCCCAAUUAAUUCCAGUCAAUUUGAAAACAAUCUAAUCGCUGAAUUAUUUAAUAUUAAUCCUGAAAUCUGUUUGGAUACUUUACUAGGAAUGAACAAACCAUUACCUCAAAAAAUAUCAGAUUAUUUGUACAGUAAUAAUUAUCCAUCUGUUAAUAUUUUCAGUGUUUUAAAAACACUCGAAUCGAUUCGAUUUGGAUGGGAAAUGAUUUUCAAAUAUGAAUACAAUAACGAAUUCAUCAAAAAUACCAUCUCCUUGCUACAAAAUCCAAACGAAAACAAACCAUUGCGGAUUUCUGUCACGAGUGAAGUGUUUGUUUAUGAAGAAGAAAAUUAUCAGAAAUUUUUAAGCAGUUAUGAAGUUUUGAAAAAAAUUAAUGGCGAUAUUAUAUACACCAUGUGGUAUGACUGAGAAGUACCUAUUACCUACCUAAACUAAAUAGGUACUUAAAUGGUUUGAUGAAUAAUGUACCAAUAAACGAUGUCAUUUUCAUAUAAAGUACUCUUUAAUCCCACCUCUUAUGAAUUAGUAUUUGUCUAUUGAUUUUGAUAUUGAGAAAAAAAUCUGCAACAAAUUUUCUCUGAUAUUGAUCGGGAGAAGAGAAAGUUUUAUUCGAUUGCAAUGAUUGAAAUGUUUUAAUUAUCAAUAAACAAAAUAUAUUUUGCUCUAUAAAAGA